CUAGACGGAGGCUCUAACUACCAUAAGUCCUCAGUUCUCAGUGAUUACAGUUGACGGACCAUACAAUGAUGAUGAAAUUCCUUAUCCUUCUCUGCUUGGCGUCCGCGUUGGCGGAGGACAAAUACACGGACAAGUACGACAACAUCGACCUGGACGAGAUUCUGGACAACAAGAGGCUCCUGCAGGCUUAUGUCAACUGCAUACUGGACAAGGGAAAGUGCACACCUGAAGGCAAGGAGUUGAAAGAUCACCUAGAAGACGCUCUUCAAACGGGCUGCGAGAAAUGCACCGAAGCCCAGAAGAAAGGAACAGCCAAGGUCAUUGAACACCUCAUCAAACACGAAUUACCUACAUGGCGCCAACUGACCGCCCGGUUCGACCCCGAAGGGAAAUUCAGGAAGACCUAUGAGCAACGAGCGAGAGAGAAUGGCAUCACCAUUCCUGAGGAAUAAACGAAACAUCUGGGGUUUUUCUCGACAUGCAUACUGAUUCGGGUUACCAAGCUGCACUAAAAGAAGAACUGUCAAAUAUUAAAAGAGACCCGAAUUGGAUGAUGUAUGUUCAAUUUCGCAAAAUUUUAAUUUUAAAAUCAAUUGUUGAUAGUUUCAUUAAUAUUUAAUUUUAAGAAAGGCACGGCCAAGGUAUUUGUCAAUCAACUUAGAUUUGGCCCCAAAAACCCAUCAAAUACCUUUGAAUAUAUCUGACUGAAUCCAAAAGGUGGUUGUAUAACCUUUGAGUUUUAUUGCAUUUCUCCAAUGAUAUUAAUACAAUAUGUAUAAAUAGCUCAUAUAACGCUCAUAUCAUGUUAUGUUCAUUUGCAUUUGAUGAGGUAAUAGUUUUAUUACCUAAAACGCAGCAUGGAAUCUGUAUAAAUAGCAUAGCAUUUCAAAACACUAUCUGCACUUUAAGCUUUUUCUAAUCCGGUGUCUAAUAUUUUAUUUUCCAUUUAAAAGCCUUUAUUCAAAUCAUUUUGACUAGUUACUAAAUUAAUCUAGUCCUGUCAAAGUGUAUUUAUUGUAUAUGUAUUGUAAAAAAAUACUGUACGU